AUGCCUGCACUGUCUCGUGCCACCGACACGAGAGGGGCACAACACAUGAACCACAAGUGGAUCUUCAAGUACGUUAUUAUUGGAGACAUGGGAGCGGGGAAGAGUUGUCUCAUGCGGCGCUUCACGGGGCGGCGCUUUUGCAACGGUCUCCCGCACACAAUUGGCGUGGAGUUUGGCACAAUGGCUGUGAGCAUCAACGGCGCGACGGUGAAGCUGCAGAUUUGGGACACGGCGAGGCAGGGACGAUUUUGCUCCGUUACGCGCGGGUUUUACCAUGGGGCGGCAGGGGCUCUGCUUGUGUGCAACAUCUCGUGCUAG